UACCUUGAUUUAGCUUGUCAAAUACUUGUCAAAGAUGUUUUUCGACCAAGUACCAUGAUACAAAUACUUCGCUCUCGCCAUACUCCUUUUGACUCAUUUCCCAUAUACUAUUUACUUCUUGCUUAAGAUACCCCUUAGUUCUCAAACUUAAUUAUCGCACUUUUACGUACACCAACAACCAGUUAACUUAACUACAUACAUAUCACCCAUCAAAUAUACUACAAUCUUCAAAUUCGCAAUCAUGGACAAGAUCAAGGCACUCCUCCACGGCACUACUCCUGAACACGAGAAGGAAGUGAAGGAAGAGAAGAAGGCCGAGAAGAUUGAGCAGAAAGAGGAGAAGAAGGCUGAAAAGCAUGGAGCUGCUCACUCGAACGCUGGCGAAGGAAGCCAUCUCGCAAAGGGCCCCCACUCGGAAACCAACCCACCCGCAGUCACCGAUGCCAGCCAUACAUCCCAUACCACCCACGCAAAUCCCACAACAGCAGGUAUAAGCCAUGCAUCAGGAGGGCUUGCUCAAGACAAUGUUACUCACAGACCUAAAGAUUCUGAAUUUGGUUCAACCGCUACUGGAUCAAAUACACAUGCUCAUGGCAUCGAUUCUGCAGCUCGCACACAUGAAGCCGGGCUCACAGGACACAACACUAGAGAUCCCCUUUCAUCACACAAUGCUGGUGUUCCAUCAAACACUACUUCUGGCUUGGGUGGUGUCACUAGCAUUCCUUCAGGAAAUGGAUUAAACACUCAUGGUAGAGAUAACAUCGGCAGUCACGGAAAUUCCCACCUUGGAAGAGAUGCAGCCGUUGGAAGUGGAGCAGUUGGUGCUGCAGGAUUAGCUGAACAUGAACAUCGAAAGCAUGAAAAUACUAGUCUUGGAUCCCAUCCAACUCAUGGUCAUGCUGAGGGUUCUCACGGAACACACAACUCUGCUGCAUUGAAUGCCGCUGACCCAAGAGUUGAUUCAGAUUUGGAUGGAAACCGUCUUCCAAACAAGACUUCAUCUGGUUACGGUACUAAAGAUGCUUACGGCACAACCACAACUGGUUCCUCGGGGCAUCACUUGGGUCGUGACGCUGCCGCAAUCGGCACAGCAGGAGCUGUUGGAGAGGGCAUUCACCAUCAUAACAACCAACACAAUCAAGGUGGUAUUCGAGAAACUACUGGGCCUCACACCACGGAGACUGCAAAUCGUCUGGAUCCCCACGUGAGCGGUUCCGGAGUUCCUACCGAAGAUGCUCACACUCAUCACGGACACGGUUCCCACUCCAGAGGUCUAGUUGAAGGUGGUGGGGCUGAGGAGGCUGACGGUGUUCAUGGUAGCAAGGGUACUUCUGCUGCUGCUGGUGUAGUUCCAGUCGGAGCUUACGAAGCUGGCCAUGGACAUAACACCACUGCCGGGCCACACUCGUCCAACUUGGCCAAUAAAACAGACCCACGAGUUGACAGUGAUCUCUCAAAGCAACACGACCAUCAUUAUGGACGUGAUGCGGCUGUAGCUGGAGCUGUUGGUGGAGCUGCAUAUGAAGCCAACAAGCAUCAUCACAAUUCCGCUAAUACUACUGCUGGUCCUCACUCUUCAAAUCUCGAGAAUAAGGUUGAUCCUCGAGUUGAUAGCGAUCUCUCAAAGCAACAUGACCAUCACUAUGGACGGGAUGCUGCUCUUGCUGGUGGAGCCGGAACUGCCGCAUACGGGGCUGAUAAACAUCACCACAAUACCGGAAACGCUACAGCUGGCCCCCAUUCCUCAAAUCUUGAGAACAAGGUGGACCCAAGGGUCGAUAGUGAUCGCUCUAAGGAAGGUCACCACUACGGCAGAGAUGCCGCCCUUGCAGGAGGCGCUGCGGGAACAGCUUAUGAAGCCAACAAGCAUCACAACUCUCACGGUCUUGACCAAAAGCCUGUGGGCAAAGACCUUGGAGAUAAGCUCCACGGUGUUGAGAGAAACCGUGGUGUCAACGGACCUACCGGAUUUCCCCAUGAGAGUGGUCACUCAACAUCAGCUGGUCCAGUAGGAUCUGGUGUUCCAGGAGCUCCUCGCGGAAACGUCCAAGUCUCUGACAACACUCACGGCCAUAACUCAAACAUCGAGCCUCCACUUCAUAACUCCACUGGCCCUGAUCAUAUCUUCAGUGCUCCAGUCAUGGAUGAUCCAGCAGCCAAUGCUGCCCUUCGAGAGGGAAAGAUUGACCAACAUGAACAUCGUCCUGGUGAUGAAGGAGUUAGAGGAGUUGGACGUGAUCACGGUGAAGAUCACAGCUUCUCCACAGGUGGCGGACAUGAACACAGCAAGAGUAGAGAAUUAGAUAAUGAAAUUAACUCUGCUCCAUUGGGCAACACUUCAGGUUCCGGUUUGAAGCACGAUAAUCUAGCUGGUCACAACACCGCAUCUGCUGGUACCACAGGCUUGAGCCACGGCUCUGGGCUCACCGGCCACAACACCACAUCUACCGGUACUACUGGCUUGAACCACGGCUCUGGGCUCACUGGCCACAACACCACAUCUACCGGUACCACCGGUACUACUGGCUUGAGCCAUGACUCUGGACUUACUGGCCACAACACCACAUCUACUGGUUUGAACCAUGGUUCUGGGCUCACCGGCCACAACACCACAUCCACUGGUACUACUGGCUUGAGCCAUGGUUCUGGUCUUCACGGAUCCGGUUUGACUGGUUACAACACCGGUGCUUCGGGUAACAAUGUUACUGGUUUGAAGCAUGAUGUCGGUUUGACUGGAAACAACACUUCCACCGGUACCCCAGGCUUGAGCCACGGUUCAGGUCUCACUGGACAUAACACAACCUCUUCUGGUCUCACCCAUGGUUCUGGCUUGACCGGAUCAACUGGUACCCAUGGUCUUUCGGGCGAAAACAGAUUGGGAGAGACUUCUGAGUUUGGAAACACCACCAACAAUCGAGUUUUGUAA